AUUCAAAUCUCGAGAUGCCCAUGUCGGCAGUCACUGCGUGCAAGUCAUUGAAUGGACGUACUUAAGCCAGUCUGGGUUCGCUGAGUAUGAAAAUGCACAAUUGAGUCUUCCAAGCACUUUUUUUCCUUUAGCAUCGAUCAAUUCAUUACUCCACCAACCAACUUUAAACAUGACCGAAGUAACGCUCGCCAACUCUCUUCGCGAGAAGAUGCUGAGAGAUGAAGUCGCCUAUACUCUCUCAGUCAAGCUCGUUCGCAGCGUUGAACUACCUAUGAUGGCAAAGACAGCGGGCUUUGAUGGUAUUCUGAUCGACAUGGAACACUCAUCAUUCGAUCUCGACACUACCAGCCAAAUGUGUAUAGCCGCUCUGUAUGCCGGUAUUGCACCCGUCGUCCGCGUCCCAUCCAAGGACCCUUUCUUCGUAUCUCGAGUACUCGAUGGAGGUGCUCUAGGCGUCAUCGUACCUCACAUCCGCUCAGUCCAAGAUGCCAAAGAUGUAAUUGCGGCAGCAAAAUUCCAACCUCAAGGCCAUCGGUCUUCGACGAACAACCUUCCGCAUUUCCAAUAUCGGUCCGUUGCGGCCAAGAAGUCGAACCCUGUCGUUAACGCCAAUACGCUUGUCAUCCCUAUGGUGGAGACGCUAGAAGCUGUCGAAUGCGUGGAAGAGCUUGCUGCGCUAGAUGGUGUCGAUUCUUUGCUUAUUGGCACAAACGACAUGACAGCGGAGAUGGGUAUUCCUGGCGAUUACGAGAACCCAAGACUGACAGAGGUCUAUGAGAAGACAAUCUCCGCUUGCAAGAAGCACGGCAAAUGGGUUGGCAUUGGCGGCCUCCACUCGCGGAUGGACUUGGUCGAGAAAUUCUGCACAAUGGGAGCGCGCUGGGUAAUGGCAGCCACCGAUGGUCCCUUACUGCUAGGUGGCGCCACGAAAAGGGCGGAUGAGAUGUCUCAAUUGAGCACAAGAGUCAAGGCAGCGACUGAAAACAAGCCUGAUUUGAAAAAGAAUGUCAGCAACGGCCUCACGGGCGUAAAAAAUGGGAUUAUCGAUGUAAAAGUCGACGAGAUUGCUGUCGAUGUACGUUAGCAAGCAUCAUAGGAUUAGGCUGGAGAUCGUAUGUUAAUAGGUUGAAAUGCACAUUUUCGAUAAUGAUGAUGUA